AACGCAACCCAAACACAAACCAACAACAGCAACAAUACGCGGCUGAUUUCGAAAAAUAAAUCGAGCAUAUUUUACCAAAACAAAACAUUCAUGCUCGCAGCUGUCAAAAGUGCGUGCUCUGUAGAAGAUAAACAAACGUUUCGUACGAAUCACUGCGCCCAAUUUUUCCUUUUUGGAGUGAGCUGCGUUGAACAAGCAUAAUUUUACCACUGUUCUCGUUCUCGCGAAGACCGGUUCAAAAUUGAGAACAAUAAGGGCAAACCGAGUACGGGAAAGUCUUCCAAAGGUAGCAGCAGCAAACAGCAACAUCAGGUCAGUGCCAUGAAGCCGACCAUCGUAGCGGACGAAAUGUUCCCGGAGGGUCCGGGUCCAUUCAUGGAUCUGGAAGAGGCUGGGGGCUCCACUGGGUUACUGAUGGAUCUGGCUGCCAACGAAAAAGAUGUGCAUGCGGACUUCUACAACGAUUUUGAAGAUCUGUUUGAUGAGGACGAAGAUAACUAAGUUUAAUGUUGAUGGCAAUGUAAGUAAGGUUCAAUAAAUAUCACAGAUUCACAGUUGCUCAGGAAUUAUUUACCGAUGGCCGAUCAUACCAUAAAACUUUUCGGAUCAAUGAGUAACAUUGCGUUAAACUACCUUUAUGCUUUAAUUUCAGAAUUUAUCAUUGAUAGUUUUCGAAAAGAUAAACAAACAUAAAAUUUUGCUUAACAUAGAAAGUUACAUUGCAGCGUCUGCUCUGAUAGGCUUGAUUUUUUACUCUUUCCUCUCCUUCGAAGAGAAAGCAGAAAUAUGGCAUGGAACGGUAUUGUAAUACAGGAUUUUUUUUAUUCUCUCGAUUUCUCGUUCCAUGCAUCAAUCGUUAUAAUUAUCGCUUUAUUUCUAGAGUUUGAUAUAUCUAAAAAAACUCGAACGUAAAAUAUAUAAACUUAUGAACAAGAACAAAACAGAAUUUAUUUUCAGCUUCUUCCAGUGAAGUAUUUUAUAAAGACUGAAGAAAUCAUAUAAAAAUUACUCAGUACAGAGUGAUCUAUUAUCUAACAUCUUGCUUUGAGUUUAUAUUUAUUUAUUCAACUGAGUUGGCAAACGCAAAAAUAAAUCAUAACCUAAAAUAAGUCAAGUUGUUUACUUAGAGCUGAUUUGUUUUUUUUUCUUUAAUGUACGAAAUGCUCACUUCUAAAAAGUGUGAAUUUGUGCCGUAGGGCUGUACGGAAUUGUUAAUAUUGGCCCUGGCUUUUACUUCUGCCGUCUCCUUUCUCUCACAUCUUACACCAUUACCGUGUCAUCGUCAGCGUAAUAAUAGUCCUGUAUUAGUUCUAAGUUAUAUUACAGUUAAGCCCAAUAAAUAUGUACAAUCUCAUGCAA